UCUUUGGCGUCGGACCCAUGCCCUUGCCCAUACCAAUGUGGUGAAUCAGUCGCUCGUCACAAACAAGACUUCUUUGCUCUAUACCCCAACUUUGGUGACUACAUAGAUCGCCUGAAGAACGUUGUCCGUCAUACUUGUAUUCGAUGUGGAAAGAGCUAUUGUCUGGCUUGCGGCGAAUCCUAUUCACAAAGCGAGAAGCCUCGUCCGGGAAUAUCCCCGGAAGAUAUCCUUUUCCAUUGUGCCAACCUGCAAGGAUUGAUUGUAGGAAUGGGACUUGCUAUUGUCCAGGUUCAAUAUGACCUCCAAACCAAUACGUCUACGACAGUUACCUCUCCAUCAUCACCAGAUGAGCCAGAGAAGAAGAAACGCAAAAUGAAUCCAUUGAAGUCGAUCGUCCCUGGAUUUAUGUCAAGUUCGGCAGACGAUGAUGACUUGUUCGGAGGCAGUAAAAAGUCAAAGGCUGGAAUUGGGUAUGCCGGAACAAUCAAGGAAGACAGUCUCAAAGAUAGCAACUUGUCUCAGCUCCUCGCGGAUGUCAGACAAUACUUGCCAUCUGUCAGAAGAGAAGGGGGAGGAAGAGCCAGUGACUUCCUUGUGCAUCCAACAACAUUGGCACACAUCCGAAGACGCUUCAAUGUCCUGUGCAGUACCCUUUUGAGAAAUGAUUCCCUAUCAGAUAUGAGUGACCGAUCCUCGCUCUAUUCAGAGGUAUUUGCAUGGCUGGAGACCAUUUCGAACCAUGAGGCACUGGCAUCCAUAAUGGGUAUGCCAAUCAUGGUUGUAGCAGCCGUGAAAGACGUGGUGGUACGCAAGGGCACAGGCAACUCGGGCUCGACGAAGGAGAGGACUAUCGUAUACGAGGGUUCGUCUGGACCUCGUGAACUAUUGGAAGCGAUUGUCGUGCAAGCUGAAGCAGCACAAAAAGGUCUCGAAAGUGUUAUCAAAGCUCGUGAAGCGCGUAAAGACCCUGAAGCGAUGACGGAAGCGGAAAAGCGAAUGUCCUCCCUGAACAAAGGAAAGAAAUCAUCUUCAAGUGCUGACGACGAAAAUGAGAAGCUGUUGGAAUUCU